UCUUUCCGGUUUGGUGCCCUCUCGUAGCCAUCAUGAAGGUCGAGUUGUGCAGUUUCAGCGGGUAUAAAAUAUACCCCGGCCAUGGCCGCCGAUACGCCAGGAUAGACGGAAAGGUGUUCCAGUUUCUCAAUGGCAAAUGUGAGUCAGCUUUCCUGUCCAAGAGGAACCCCAGACAGAUCAACUGGACCGUACUGUACAGGCGCAAGCACAAGAAGGGCCAAUCUGAAGAGGUGGCAAAGAAGCGUACCCGCCGUGCAGUAAAAUUCCAGAGGGCUAUCACAGGGGCCUCCCUGGCCGAGAUCAUGGCAAAGAGGAACCAGAAGCCUGAAGUCCGUAAGGCCCAGAGGGAGCAGGCAAUCCGAGCUGCCAAGGAGGUCAAGAAGGCAAAGCAGGCAACCAAGAAGCCCGCUGCAGCAAGUGCAAAGACGUCUGCAAAGACCGCACAGAAACCCAAGGUUGCCAAGACCAUGAAGAUUAAUGCUCCUCGUGUUGGAGGAAAGCGCUAAAUCUGACUCACUGUUGGGGAUGUGAAUAAAACAAUUUUGCUUAACCACCA